AUGGAGCCCGGCGACCCACGGGGGAAAAGAGUCGCCAUUGUCGGCGGUGGUCUGGUGGGCGCGUUAAAUGCCUGUUUCUUUGCUAGACGAGGUUUCCAUGUUGACGUUUAUGAAGCCAGAGAAGAUAUCCGGGUGGCCAGCUUUACCCGUGGCAGAAGCAUUAACUUGGCCCUGUCCCACAGAGGACGCCAAGCCCUCCGAGCCGUGGGGAUGGAAGAGCAGAUUGUGUCCAAAGGCAUUCCCAUGCGGGCAAGGAGGAUACAUACACCUUCAGGGAAGAAGUACUCUAUCCUCUAUGGGAAGAAGAACCAGUACAUUCUCUCUGUGGACAGAGCAAACUUAAACAGGGAGCUGCUAACGGCUGCUGAGAAGUACUCCAACACUAAACUGUACUUUGGACACAAGCUCGUGGGGUGCAACGCAGAGUUGGGGACGUUAACCAUAAAAAGGAUUGAUCCAAGGGACUCUCUUGCUUUCAGAUCUGACCAGCGGCCCUUGGAAGUCACCUAUGAUCUCAUCGUGGGAUGCGAUGGAGCCUUCUCAACAGUCAGAAAGCAGUUCAUGAGGCAAACGCGCUUUAACUACAGUCACGAGUACAUUCCUCACGGCUAUAUGGAGCUGACCAUCCCUCCCAAGGAUGGAGACUUUGCCAUGGAACCAAACUACCUCCAUAUCUGGCCGAGAAACACCUUCAUGAUGAUCGCACUGCCCAACAUGGACAAGUCCUUCACCUGCACGCUCUUCAUGCCCUUUGAGGAAUUUGAGAAGCUCACAACGGGCGAGCAAGUGCUGCGUUUUUUCCAGACCUACUUCCCAGAUGCCAUCCCCCUCAUCGGAGAGCGGGAGCUGAAGCACGAUUACUUUUUGCUGCCAGCCCAGGCCAUGAUAUCUGUGAAGUGCUCUUCCUACCACCUUGCUUCCCGAUGCGUGCUGAUGGGAGACGCCGCGCAUGCCGUUGUGCCCUUCUAUGGACAGGGCAUGAAUGCAGGUUUUGAGGAUUGUCUGGUCUUUGAUGAAUUAAUGGACCAGUUCCACAAUGACCUCGGUGCCUGCCUCCCUGAGUUCUCCAGGCUGAGGGUGCCAGAUGACCACGCGAUCUCGGAUUUAGCCAUGUACAACUACAUAGAGACGCCCUGCAAAGGCGUGAUGGUUGCUCUGUCGCAGAUGCGUGAGCACGUGAAUUCAACGUGGUUCAUUUUCCGGAAGCACGUAGACAACUUCCUCCACACCCUCAUGCCUUCCACCAUCGUCCCGCUGUACACCAUGGUGACCUUCACCAGGAUUCGCUACCAUGAGGCACUUCAGCGCUGGAAAUGGCAGAAAAAGAUAAUCAAUCAAGGGCUCUUUGUCAUGGGGGCAGCAGGACUGUGUGGCACCUACCUGCUCAUAAAGCGCCUGGCACGGGACUUGGACUUCUGCAUGGAAAACUUGUGGGGCUGGUCCCAUUAUCUGAAGAAUAUUGGAAAUUUUCCCUUUGGCCCACAAAUGGCUUAA